AUGUCGAUCGGCAAAGUGAGUGAAUUCAACGUCAAAACGGGAAACUGGACUUUAUAUGUUGAGAGACUAGAAAUGUACCUUAAGGUAAAUGCAGUGAAAAACGAAAUGUGGUUGCCGACAUUAAUCGCCGGUAUGGGAGACGAAGCGUACGAAUUAUUAAGUAAUUUAACAAGUCCGAUUAAACCGGGAGAUAAAUCGUAUCAAGAAGUGGUAAAAAUACUUCAGGAACAUCUUCAACCGAAAUCCUCGUUCAUGGCGGAGCGAUAUCGUUUUCGACAAAGAAGACAGUUGAGCGGAGAAACGAUUCCGCAGUAUAUAACCGAACUUAAGAAAUUGUCGAAAUACUGCGAGUUUCAUUCAACUCUAGAGGACAAUUUAAGGGAUCAAUUGGUGUGUGGGCUAAGAAGUGAUGUCAUCCGUCAAAGAUUAUUCGCAGAAGAUAAUCUGAAAUAUUCCGUAGCUGUGAGAAUAGCUUGCGCUUUAGAGGCGGCGGAGCGGGAUUCGGCCGCGGUGGAGCAGGCGGGUGACGGCGACGGGCUCGGCGGUAGCGGCGCGGACAGCGCCUUGCAUGCGGUGACGUCAUCGACAAGCCGCGCUCGAACGCGGGAGCAGGACAGCGCACCGAGGGCUUUUAAAGGUCGAGAACAUGGCGGCGGCAAUGCGCUAUAUUGUAGCGCGUGCGGGUCGAGGUACCACCGAAGUGAUGAUUGCCGCUAUAAGAAAUUCGUGUGUGGUAAAUGCAAACAGAGCGGUCAUCUACGCCGGGUAUGUCCCAAACGAGGGGCGUACACGGGAAAUGCGGGCUCCCGACGCCACAUGUACCAUGUGGAGGCGGCAGAGUGCGAGACACCGUCAGCGGACGACGAGCCACCAUCCGUGGAAAGUCAAACGGAGUUACAGGAGGAUCUACACCAUCUAUGUUUAAAUAGCUAUAAACCGGUGAGCCUAACAUUAUUAUUAGACGGGUUUAAACUUAAUAUGGAAAUUGAUACCGGGUCGGCAGUGUCUUGUAUAAGUAAAGCGACUUAUAAUAAAUAUUUUUACACUAGACCUAUGGACAAGUUCGAUCUGGUUCUAAAAUUUUAUGAUGGAAGUCGAAUCAAACCUUUAGGCAUCAUCAAGCCCGAAGUUAGAUAUGGAAAUAUAACAAAGCACUUAGAACUGUUUGUAAUAGAUGGGGGCACGACUUCAUUGUUGGGUAGACAGUGGCUGUCGGAACUGCAGAUUAAAAUUCCGACAUUCCACAGCAUGGUGCUGGAUGACCAUUUUAGUAACAAUCAUUUGUCAUUAUUACUCGACAGAUAUAACAAGUUGUUUUCCGGCGGCUUGGGGCGGUUCGCGGGCGGCAAGGCGACGCUGCGAGUCCGGGAAGGGGCGACACCGGUGUUCUGCCGCGCACGACCUUUGCCCUACGCGCUCAAGGACCGCGUGGAUGCUGAGCUGGAUGCGAUGCUUCGGGAGGGGGUUAUUGAACCCGUGGAGAGCUCUGACUGGGCUACACCUCUGGUGCCGGUACGUAAGGCGGAUGGAGGGCUCCGAAUUUGUGCAGACUAUAAAGUGACACUGAACCCCGUAUUGCUGGUCGAUAGAUUUCCCUUGCCUAGGAUUAAUGAUUUGUUAGUAGGUAUGAAUGGCGCUAAAAUAUUCUCUAAAAUCGAUCUGUCACAAGCCUACAAUCAGAUCGAACUAGAUAACUCUAAAAACCUUACCGUUAUAAAUACACAUAGGGGCUUAUUUACGUAUAACAGGCUAGUAUAUGGGUUGUCAUCAAGUCCAGGAAUUUUCCAGCGUAUAAUGUCAAAUCUUUUUCACGAUAUCGAAAAGGUAGAAGUAUUUUUAGACGAUAUAAUAAUAGGUUCUUCUAAUGAAAGAGAGCAUUUACAAAUAUUGGAGACGGUGCUUAGUAGAUUACAUAAAAACGGAAUGAAGCUUAGGAAAGACAAAUGUUUAUUCAUGGUGGACGAGGUCAAGUAUUUAGGAUAUAUUAUUUCAAAAGAUGGCAUUAAAGUUGAUCCUGACAAGGUAGCUGCUAUAGUAAAAAUUCCGCGCCCCAAGGACGUUUCGGACUUAAGAUCAUUUUUAGGAUUAGUCAAUUUUUACGCUAAGUUCAUUAAAAAUUUAAGUACUACCUUAGCCCCACUUUACGGCUUAUUAAAAAAGGGCGUUACUUGGGACUGGGACAGAAGUUGCGAGGACUCUUUUAAAAAAAUUAAAAAGGUCUUAACCAUUGCGGAAGUAUUAUUGCAUUACAAUCCAAUUACAAUGAAAUUAAAAAACAAACCCAGCGCGAUCCGAUUUUAG